AUGUCUUUUUUAGACAAUAAGUUGUGCUCUUCAGACACAAAUACUAAAGAUAUGUUCACAAUUCUAAAUACACGAUUGACAACAAAAGAUAACAACAAGAAAUGGUUAAACGCAACGAUUCCUUAUGUAAUAUCCGACACGUUUUCGUCUGAUAGUCGACAGCUUAUAUUGAAUGCAAUCAAUAGUUUUCACAACAAAACUUGUGUUAAGUUUGUUUUGAAACAACCACAGGAUACGGAUUAUGUGUUGAUUACCAGUGGACAGGGAUGUUCAUCACCAGUGGGUCGUCAGGGAAAGGGUCAAAAUGUUACUUUGGGUGACGGAUGUCUACAAUUGCAUACAAUAAUACAUGAAUUAAUGCAUUCAAUCGGUUUCUUUCACGAACAUCAACGCUAUGAUAGAGACAUAUAUAUUGAUAUACAUCGAGAAAAUAUUAAACGAGAUGUAUUGUGUUUUUAG